AUGAAGUCUUCCUGCACCAAUGAUGACACAUUCGGUCCCGUCGUCCACGGUUGUCGUGAUGACUUCGACCUGACAAUCAAGUUCGAGCAGGUGAUCCUGACAAUCGUCCCUGCCGCCGUCUUCAUUGUGGCUGCUCUGCCGCGCUUUUCUUCAUCGCCGCAUACGCCGGACUUCGGCUUCAUCAACUGGUUCUGA